GUUCCUCUCAAUAGCUCUCCGCCCCAAAUGUUUGCGCAGAGUCAAACGUGCGUAUGAGCAAGAUUCUGCAUCGCAAGUAAGAUGGCAUUCCUUGAUUCUUGAAGCCCGGAAGUCGACAAUUUCGAAUCAAGAUGGGCAGGCAGGGGUCGUUGACAGCCCUGGCAUUGGGCCGAGGUCAUUAUGAAGAUGAAGUUAUUCAAGAUGCGGCUGCAGAGAACCAAGGAGCUCAACAAUACAACGAUCGUGGAUAUCCAAAGAAUCCCGAGACCAAACGUCGAGAACGAGAGCACGUGAGAGCUGCCAACGAGGUCAUGCAAGUAACUGGAGUAGUGGAAGACGCCGUUGCAGCGAAAGAAAAGGCCAAUCUGUACCUUGCUGCCAAGAAUCAAGAGUCCUUCCUCGGUUUGCGCUUGAUGGAUGCUUGCCGUACGACGUUCAUUGGUGGAGUAUGGGGUGUUAUUGGUUUGAGAAGACGCAUUCUGCUAUAUAAACCGUACGAAGAGUUCGGGCUCUUCAACAUCCUGCAACGAGAGAGGACACAGUAUUCUGUAGCGCACAUUGCUUUCGCAGGUCUUCCCGCUACGUUGACCCACCACGCACUUGAAUGGACAUCUGUGUUCAUUGAUGCAGUGUUAGACGCAUUGGAUGAGGAUGAUGAACCUCUUGAGAAACCGGAAGAACGAGCUAACACUCUUCUUCAGACAUGCCUUGACUAUGGAUUUAUGUAUUUGGGAUUCCAUCUUCGGAUGUUUGCUACUCUUCAGCAGCUGAAUCUUAUACCCAUAUCCCGCAUAUUACCAAGUUUGAAGUCGUUCGUCCCGUUCUCCUCGGAAUCCCCACUUCAACUUCCCCCAGAUCCAAUCUUCAGCCGCAGCUGGAGUUUAAAACUGCUCUGGAGCGCCACCCCUUUUCUUGUCAUGGUUGGGUAUGACCGCAUCCGAAAAUACGUUGCUCACUCGACUUACCGACCCAUCUACAAAUCGCUGCCGCGCCCAACUGGAGAUGUUAUGGUUCAGGAACAGGACUCGUACCCAUCAGAGACCUAUGAUGGGUCUGUUGGCGCUACUGAGAGAGAACGAACAGACUACGAUGAGCCCACACUCCGAGCACUUGAAGGGCUCCCUGCACUGGAAAGAACUGAGCCACGACAAGAACGAGAAGAUUCUAGCGAGGAUGAAGAGGAUGAAUUGGCUCAUGCCACACUGAUCAGCUUUGACGUCGAACCUACCGAAGGUGCGGAGUCGACAGCUGGACCAUGGUCUGCAGAAUUACGGAGUGCCAAUGAACCAAAGCUGUCGGAUGGCGUGAAGUAUCGGGUGACGGGACUGACAAUGCUUCCAGCGAUUAUGGCUACAGAGGCAUUGAGGGAUAUUGUGACUGGAGUUCUGGUGAUGCCGUUUGAGGCAAUUAUGGUACGAGUGCUUGCCAAGGCAUAUCGAGAGAGUGCUGGUUUGGGUAUUGGAGAUUUGUGUGCGGUUGGUUCCUACAUCUCACCUUUGGGAAAUCUGGUCUCGGUGGUUGGAAUGCAGGUUGUGGUCACUGGCAUCAUCUGGACGGGAUUUACCGUUGGGACUCAGGUAUGGCUAGGUCGAACAAAGCUGCGGGAGUGGCGUCGGACGAGGCUUCUGAAAUACACCUCACUGUGGAGUGGAUUUUGGGUUCAUGGGUUUGAUUUUCUGCGCUGA